AUGGAAAGAUUAGAGGAGGAAGUGUCCCCUGAAGCGUUUUGGAAGGAUUACAUACAGAAGCUGAAGCCCUGUUUAAUUGGAAAUUGGCUGACAGAUUCAUGGUCGUCCAGGAAAGACUGGGUCAAAGAGGAAAGGAUAGACGUCGAUUUCUUGAUGGAAAAAUAUGGCCAUCUUCAAGUCCCGGUCACAAACUGUUCGACUGAGGACUUCAAAUGUUCCUCGAUGCUUUUUAGAGAGUAUCUCCGCUAUCUGCAGGAGAGGAGGAGAAAUGCGUCAGAAGAUAUUCUUUAUUGCAAAGAUUGGCAUUUGGCCUUGAUAGAUAAGACGUUUUAUGAGUGGCCCGAGUUUUUUCGCAAAGACUGGCUGAAUGAAUACUGUUUGAAGACAGAUUUCUCCGACUCUGAUUAUCGCUUCGUUUACAUCGGCGUGAAAGACACUAAAACGCCGCUGCAUAGAGAUGUCUUGGCGAGUCAUAGUUGGAGUUCAAACGUAGUUGGCAAGAAACUUUGGCACUUUUGGAAAGACCCUUUGCCCGAGAGACUGCUUGGAACAUACUCUACUGACGGGGAAUUUCUAAAGACGGCAGAUUUGGUUGUUGUUCAAAACUCUGGCGAGACGAUUUUCGUCCCUUCUGGCUGGUUUCAUCAAGUAAAGAACUUAGAGGACACGAUUUCGAUCAAUCAUAAUUGGAUAAACGAGGCGAGCAUACAAAAUACCUGGAAGCAUCUUCUUGAAGAAUUGAAAGCGGUGGAAGAAGAGUUAGAAUAUCUCCACAGCGGGAUGGAGGACGCAGAAUGGACGGAGACAUGUCAGAAGAUCCUCAAGGCUCAAACGAGCAUGGAUUUUGAAGAUUUUCGCAAAUUUUUGCAAUUUUUCGAAGAUAGAGCUCAAAUUGCAAAAGAUCUUCUUAUUGAAGUUCAAAAAUCCAUUUCUGCUUCGAAAUCUGAAGAAUAG